AGGAGGAGGACGUUGGAGCCUCGCAGUCUCUCAUCCUGACAGCCACGUCCACUGCUCUCCCGUCCCCCCUCACCUCCAGCUUUCUCCUCCAUCUGCUGCCAGCCUUCGUUCUUCUGGAACCCUGCACAGAACCAACCAUCCAUCUUUCUGAACCAUGGAAACCAGCAGGAAGCCUCUCUCCUCCUCUGACGCCCUCCAUCACCUGCUUGUGGUGAUGCUGACUCUCCUUCCAGCCGUGCAGUCCAUGCCGGUACCAACAGACGUCCCUAUGUGCACGGCGGCAGAAACAGCCCAGUACAGCCUGACCUUCACUGGAAAAUGGACCCAAGCAGCGUUUCCUAAGCAGUAUCCCGUCUACCGCCCACCUGCUCAGUGGUCCAGCCUCAUCGGCGUGACCCACAGCUCUGACUUCCACAUGUGGCAGAGUAAUGAGUUUGCCAGCAACGGCGUGAGGGAGUUUGCAGAGAAAGGCGAGGCCUGGACGGUCAUGAAGGAGGUGGAGACGGCCGGCGAACGCAUCCAGAGCGUUUAUGGCAUCCUCUCGGCUCCCGCUGCCGUGGGAGGCACCGGCCAGAUGAACACGGAGUUUGAGGUCUUUGCCAGGCACUCCUAUCUCUCCUUUAUCGUGCGGCUGGUCCCGAGUCCGGACUGGUUUGUGGGUGCGGACAGCGUGGACCUGUGCGAUGGCGACCACUGGAGAGACAAAGUGACACUGGAGCUUUUCCCAUUCGACGCGGGAACGGACAGCGGCUUCACUUUCUCCUCUCCCAACUUUGAGACGAUCCCACAGGACAGAAUCACGCAGAUCACCUCGUCCUUCCCCAGCCAUCCUGCCAAUUCCUUCUUCUAUCCCCGCUUGAAGCAUUUACCGCCCAUCGCCAAGGUCACGCUGACCAAAAUAAAGAAGAUGAAUCGAAUCCUCAGCAUCCCCUUAGAGCCCACCCAGUCCAACCUGCUGCCAACGGGAAAUGAGAUCGAAGACAAGCUGAUAAACACCCCCCUGGACUGCGAGGUGUCGGCCUGGUCUCCAUGGGGCUUGUGCAAAGGUAAGUGUGGAGACUCAGGUGUGCAGCACCGCACCCGCUACGUCAUAAUGCAGCCAGCAAACAACGGAGCAGCCUGCCCCCUGCUGGAGGAGGAGAGGAAGUGCUUCCCGGACAACUGCUUAUGACUAGGCCGGGACAGGAGGGAGAGGAAGGAGAGGAGGAAGAAGAGAGAGAAGAAAGCCAGGAGAGGAAGAAACGGACGGAGACGGUCAAAGAACCACAAAAGGUCUGCCGUUUACUCCCUUAAGGCGUAGACAUCCAUCUUUAAUCAGUUUUAUCAUCUCUCUGCUAAAAAGGGCCUUCUGAUCGACACGUCAGUGCUGACCAGGCAAAUAAGGCAGCAGACACCAACUCAGCUUGGAAUAAUUAUCAAACCGUCUGCAGAGAGAGACAGAAAAACACUGGUAUUUAAUAUGAUUUGACGAAUUUAAAUCAUGUACAAAUUGACAUCCUGUUAACUGAGAUGUGACCAGAAAUAAAUCCUAAGAUCAGACCAAGGAUGGCCUCCAGUCAAACCAGACAUGUCCAGAGUUUUACAGACGAUGUGUUUGGGUUCCUUCAGAAAAAGAAAAUAUUUAUUGACAGGAUUUUAACCUGUUCUGUACAGUAAAAACCUGAAAGUAAUAAGUUGUAUUCCUUUGCAUUAUUGAGAUAAAAGUUUUUGUAUAAAACCAAAAAAAGAAAAAUGUAACAAAUGCACAAAAUCUUUCUGUAGGAGUUAAUAAAGUGUGAACGUAUCACAUGG